CUUAUUCUACUGAUAAACUUGAACAUUGGACUAUUGUCCAUGUGUGUUCAGCUAUCUUAUCCAGUAUUACAUAUCACAUUGUUUUCAAACGAUCUAAGUCAACUUGGGCCAUGAUCAUAUAUUGGUAUAGGUGUCCAAGACGAUCUAGUUUUAGCUCUACAUAUAUAUGUUCCACCUACAUGUUGACAUUUAGAUUCAUAGGCAGAACAUUUCAUAUAAAGAUAAACAGUUUACAUUACAGGGGAAUAAUUCUACCAGCUCGACAUAUCAUUCAAAAGGCACUGGUGACAUUUGCAAGACUCCAGUAUCUGACAUUUCAGAAUGUUUAGGCCUAUUCUAGUAAUUCUGCACAUUGGAUUAUCAGGGCCCUUCCUGACAACAGCUUCAGAUGCAAGAUGCUGCAUGCCUGACAUCUGGGAUGGAGUUCUUGUGGAAACUGGUGGUACUUAUAACCAUAACAAGGACCUUGCAAAAGUAUAUGAAUCAAAUAUUAUGAUGUCAUCAGAUGCAACCAAUAAGAGGCAAGCUUGGACAGAAACGGUGAAUGUGCAACCAAGUGGAGCUACUACCAAGCUAAAAAUCAUUAAAGAUUUCAAAGAGAUGUUGCAGUACACAAUCACUGAUGGGAAGUGUACAAUAGCAAAACUUGCAACACCUUUUCCUGGCAUGUGCAUUCCAGGUAAAUCAAGUCACCUUGGAAACUCAGUGGUUGGGGGCAGGAUAGCUACUGACAUCUGGUGGUGGUCUGAUGUAGCAGGGCAGAAGAACACAUCUGUGAGAGUAUCUGCUACCACAACUGCUAUAGAUGUCUGUGUGCCUUUAACUGAGGUCAUCACUACAGUAGCUCUGCCAGUGACCACCCUAACAUUUCUAUCCUACUACAAUGUGACCCUGGGAAAUAGAGACCCAAGUGUGUAUUUACCACCUAAAUACUGCCCCCCUCCUUCACAGUAUCAAUACUCCAGUAAGGCUGAAUCCAGAUUAGUUUCUGCAAUGACAUCAUUCUUUAGAGACAACUAGUGACAUAAACUAAAACACAAAAACCAAAAUAAGAUGACCAUAUGGCAAAAGACUCCAGUUGUAUAGAAAAUACCAACCUCUCCGACCACAGGUGGUCUCAGAGCAGGGGUUGAUAAGAAACUGUCACUGCUCGGGGAGGGGGGGUGGAAGAAGAGGAAAAUAAUACUAAAAACUAAGAAUCCAAUGACAAUAGUACCUUUGUUAGGUCGUGAUUCAAAUGUGUUUAAUCAUUUUAAAUCACUAUGAAAAACGCAAAAGAAAAACGUGAGGGGAUUAGCUUUUGCAUUAAUGUACAACACAAUGGCCUGCUCACUUCAUGAAAGGAAUAAUCAUAGGCCUACCCAAUGAAGAUCCAGUGACCUCAGACAUACAGCCUAUUAAAGUGUUGCAAAUCAAAAACAAUAAAGACAUGAUUGGCAUAGAUUUUAUUCAGAGAGGUCAGUCACAAACCAAGAAUUGAAACUAUUUUGGAUGUUCCUUCGUUAUGGAUAAAAUACUUUCAACUCAUAUUGAAAUCUGUAGGUUAAUUGAAUGCUCUCCACACAUGUCAGUUGUCCAUGUAAAAAUCAAAUUGUGAGCAAAAUGGAACAAACUUAUGUAGUUCAACUAUAGUUUUUUGGAAUGUUAGUUUCCAAGAAGUGUUCACAUUAAGAAGAGAUCAUAGGUUAAAGAGGUGUUGAAUUUACAGGUUUUACUGUAUUGCUGAUUAUGUUUCAAGUACAAGUUCUAGUGCAGUUGACAUUGUUGACAUAUUUUCAUUUAAGAAGGUCUCUAUUUACAAUACAAACCUCGGAUUGGACAAUUUCAAUAAUAAUCAUAAAUCAAAAAGGAAUUUUUGAAGUCAUUUUGCGAGCUUCUAUCCCAUCAAUAUUGUCAGGACAGUAAUGGCCAAAAACUUUGCAGCCAUUUGUUAGAAAAGGUUGUCUUCCUACACUUAAUAUGGCAUAUAUUUUAUAAAAUAAGUUGACUUCAAGCAAAACUGUGUGAUAAAAAUGUAUACAAACAGACACAUGCAUAGUUUCUCAUUAACCUAUACCCAUAUCUGAAUGAAUUUUGAUAGGAUAAUAAAUAAAUCAAAGAAAUAAGAUUUUCAAUAUGUCUACCUAUAAAGGUAAUAUCAGUAAUAAUACAGUAAAAGCUCUCAAU